AUGUCAACACAUCUUCAAGAGCCCUUAACCCUUUACCCUAAACCGGUUUUAACCAAAGAAGAACAAGAAGCUGACGAGAGAAUGGUGAGCUUGCAAGCAGAGAGUAUCGUGAACACUGUGGCUUUCCCUAUGGUCCUCAAAGCCGCCUUGGAGAUUGGCCUCAUCAACUUCAUCGCUGCGGCAGGCAAGGACGUGUGGCUCUCACCGUCUGAGAUAACGGUUGGUCUCCCAACCAAACCCAUGAACCCGGAGGCACCGGUUUUGCUGGACCGGAUGCUGCGAUUACUUGUUAGCCACUCGAUCUUGAAAUGCCGUGUGAUUGAAACAGGAGAGAAUGGUCGAACCGGAAAUACCGAGAGGGUCUAUGCAGCCGAACCGGUUUGCAAGUAUUUCUUGAAAGAUAGUGACGGUUCUGGCUCUCUCGCGUCUUUGUUCUUGUUGUUCCAUACCGAAGUCCAUUUCAAGACUUGGACAAAUCUCAAAGAUGUGAUACUAGAAGGAAAAGAUGCAUUCAGUUCUGCACAUGGCAUGCCAAUUUUCGAAUACAUGGGUUCCGAUCACCAAUUUGCCAGGCUGUUUCACAAGGCAAUGUCGGAAUCUGCCACGAUGGUCAUGAAGAAGGUUCUAGAAGUUUACAGAGGAUUUGAAGAUGUUAACACUUUGGUUGAUGUAGGAGGAGCAACUGGAUCCAUAUUAGGUCUAGUCACUUCAAAAUAUCCUCAUAUCAAAGGUGUUAAUUUUGACUUAGCUCAGGUUUUAACCCAUGCUCCUUUUUAUCCAGGAGUCGAGCAUGUAUCCGGAGACAUGUUUAUAGAAGUUCCAAAGGGAGAUGCUAUCUUUAUGAAAUGGAUACUACAUGAUUGGACGGACGAACAUUGUAUAAAGAUACUAAAGAAUUGUUGGAAGUCUCUACCAGAAAAAGGAAAAGUGAUCAUUGUAGAGAUGAUUACACCGAUAGAACCAAAGCGUGGUGAUUUUUCCUCUAAUAUCGUGUUCGGCAUGGACUUGUUGAUGUUAGCACAAUGCUCGGGUGGUAAAGAGAGAUCUUUUUCACAAUUCGAGAGUUUAGCAUUUGAUUCAGGUUUUCUUCGAUGUGAGAUUAUUUGUGUUGCAUAUUCAUAUUCUGUUGUUGAAUUGCACAAAUAG